AUGCAGCAACAACAACCUCGACACAAUCAACAACAUCCCGACCAACAAGCAACAAACACAACCUCAUCAUCACCGUCAGUAUUCAAUUUUGGCACAGCCCAUUUCCAACAUGAUCACUCCGGAGAAAGGAAUGCCAUAACCACCAAUGAAAAUACAGCAAGUACGCUGAACCCACCAAAUGAUUUAUCCUCUUGGAUGAUGAGUUUGGGAAUGGCUCCCAUGAUGUUUCUUCAACAACAGCCUUCACAACACGAAGAAGGUACUACCACCACCACUUCUGGGUUUACCUCUCCGUUCUCCAUUUCUUCUGCCUUUGAAAGUUUGCAAAAUGGAUUGGUCGAUUUGGCCAGCAAACCCAAACAACAACAAAUGGUUCAACAAAUGCAAACGGAUCACGAUGUGAGCCCACAAACACAGGAACAAAAUGAUUCAGGAAGUGAUCAUAAUGGGAGUAACGAAGGUCAUGAAUUACCAGGUGGCGAUUUUCAUUCGAUUGCCUGUGUGAACUGUAGACGUCUCCAUCGCAAGUGUGACAAGAAACUUCCAUCAUGUUCUGAAUGCAUAGACAAGGUAAAGGAAUGUUAUUAUAGAACCCCUAAAAAGAAGGGAAGAACCAAAGGUUCAAAAAACAAACCAAAAGAUUCUCAAACGACAAGGCAAAACGAUUCAUCCGAGACGUCACCAGAACAACAAAUAUCCUCUUCGGCACAUAGUGAAACCAUUUCUACAAGCCCAAGUGGAAAAACAAAAUUAUCUUUCAUUCGAAAAUCUACUCAUCCCUACAUGGAAAUUAAUCAAAGUCUAUUGGAUGGAGUUGUGAAACGAAGAACUUUGGACAUGUUUUUUGACAAAAUGAACGGAGCUGGAUGUAGCAUACUCUCAAAGGAAAAAGUUGAAAAACUUGCUUUGGAAUAUUUGGCACAUCCAGAAGACGAAUCUCCCUAUGACAAUGUAAAUUACAAGACACAAUCAAUGAGAAAUGGAGUACGUUGCUUAUUGUACAGUAUGCAAGCUUUGUAUGAACAACAAAUGGGAUUUAGAGAGACAUCACAAUUGGCCUAUCGAGAAGCUAGAAAAUCUUUAGGUUUUUCGUUCGAUGAGUUGGACAAUUUUUACAUUAAGGUCAGCUAUUCACUACUUGCUUCUUAUUUGGCAGGUGAAGGCGAUGACGCAAUAGCAAAAUUUUACUUAAAUGCUCUCAAAUAUGCCAUUGAAAACACUUCUAACAAUUACAUGAGUCAUGAAGGAGUUCAGAAUGCGAAUGAGGAAGAAGAAAUGUCAGCUUUGAUUGCUCUCAUGGAAAAGAAUUCUCUCGGUUGUAGAUAUACGGAUGUUCAUGAUUUGAAAAUUUGGGAUGGAUUCGAUGUCCUGUACAGACUCAAAACUCGAAAACAAACUCCCUACGAACUUGACAAGCUUCUACAAAAGGGUGUGACACCGGAUGAUGUUCCCAUGCUUCUUAAAUUAAUUUCUCUCCUCAAUAAUGUCAUUGAGGGUUAUGCACACUCACACUCCUAUUCAUCAUCUCAAAUUCAGUUCACUUUUCUCAUGAAAGACAUUAUUUGUUUUGGUGCUGAAAUUGUGGUUUAUUUGUCGAUUGGAAUUGACGAGGGUGAGACCAUUGAAAAUUUGGCCAACAAGAUUAUUCUCCUCACCGAGCGUGAACCAUUUGCAUAUUUGCCAGUGGCCAUGACUCACUUUGUUUCUCUCGGAGCCUACAUCCAUGGUAAAAUGUUUCCCAAGAUUGAAUCCAUCAUUACUGCUAAAAUGAAUCAAGGAAGAGCCUUUCACGCAAUCAUGAAUGACGACUAUGAAAGACAAUACUUUGAAAUUGUACAUAAGGGAUUGAGAGCCAUGAAUUCGAUGGCAACCAGGUUCAAGAGAGUGACCAAAUAUUAUGGUAAUAUUAUUAAUCAAUUGAAAAAGAUUCAACAAUGGAAAGUGAGAAUGGAAAAUGAAUCGUAUCAAGCCAUACUGGAAAAGAGACCACCACCAACUUUUUCGUCAUUCUCUUCACCAAAAUCAAGCAGUAGUGAAACAAAUAGUUAUAUUCAACAACUUCAACCCUCGUCAUCAUCACCACAACAACAAUUAUUCCCAAGAUCAGCACUUUUAUCGAGCUUCAGUGAGAAUACGUGGAGAUUUAUUCCUCAAUCAUCCACAUCAACUGCCACUCAACAACAGAAACAACAUACCAACCACCAUCCAUCACAACAACAAAUGCAGCAAGCUCAAUUCAUGAAACAAUUCCAUCCUCCAUUAUUGCUUUCGAAAACAGCCUCCACACCCAGCAGCAGCACGAUAGGAGUGCCACAAAGGUCUCCUUCUGUCAUGUCGUCAUCACUAGCUACGACAUCGUCAAACUUUUACAAUCCUCAUGCAGUGUCAUCCUCUCAACCUGUCAUGCUUCGACCACAAAAUCUUCCUCAAACUCCUGUCAAAACUAGUAACCAACAAGAAGAAACCUCCACAUUGGACGAAUGGCUUAGCAUUUUGGGUGAUCCUUCAGAAGACGAUAUUUUAGGAUCUUUAUUUGGAGAAAUUCAUCAAACACUUCAAAACAACUUUUAA